CCAAUAGGUUUGUAUUAGCAUACAUGAAGUGUUUGUAUUCAACUAUAUUCCGGGUCGAUUUUAUCUUUUAAAGACAAGCUCUAUUUGUUUUCUGACACAAAGACAAAAUUAAAAUACGUGUUUAAUACUUAAUGAAGACUAUUUUUGAUUAAGAGUUAUUAUUUUGACAACAGAGCGGGUGAUUUAAAUGUAGGAAAGAGUGAUUUAUAUAACAGAUAUUUGGAGUAUUUUCUAAUAGACAGAAUGGAUCACAUGUUGGUUUAAAAGUGUUAAUGGUACUGUAUGGUCAUUAAACAAUGGGUUCAUCGGCCAGUAAAGAGCCGAAGACGGAGCCUGCUACACGCGGGUCACCGGUACGAGCCCGGAGGCAACAGGAAACACAAGCCAGCCCUACAGAUAAACAAACAUCUAAAGGCAAGUCGUCUCCAAUCAAGACCCUCAAUACACAAUUUACAACUGGUGUAACUGGUACUCCAAAGAGAAAUGAUAAUUAUGUUAUAUUAUACCGAGAUAAGAGUCUUCAACAAUUGCCGACCACGACGACCAAUACUUUGAUAGAAAAUGUGUUCCUUAUAUCCGCCGGGGCGGCUGUCGGAGAAGAGUUACCGGAACAUUGUGUAUAUGUCCCUGAAACUGCCAAAAAAGCCGAGAAACAACCGCUUCUAAGCAACAACAAUUUGGAAGAAGCUGUAUUUGAACGGUUAAUGUUGGACAAUCCUAGCAGCGUUACUGUGAUGUCUGUCACUAACAGGUCAAAAUGGAAAACUUCUAUAGGAGGACCUUGUGAUGAGAAAAACGUGCUCAAAUAUUUAUUCCAAUGUUUUAUUAGAUGGAAAAGGUGCAAAGAGGAUAAUCAGUAUGCAACCCUAACUGAAGAGAUGACUAAAUGUGAAGAUGCAAUAUUUGAAAACACGAGGACGUGUCUUAGACAACCAGAAUUAUUUAUAGGACACGUGAUGCAUAUAGAGUUUAUUGAUCUGUGUGUUGACAACAAGGAACUUCUACUUGACAAGAAUAGUAUUAUAUAUGAAUUUUUGCUGAAGUUGUACGCGACUCUCGAGACAGAUCAAGGCUGUUUGAUGGAUUGUUUCUCUCCAGUUUUAAAACAUAUAAGACAACAUUUUCAGACAGAACUGAAGCUAAUGAACUCAUCUGAGGUCUCACAAUAUAUGCUAGUUCUGAAAGUUUUCACACUUAAACCAUCUGUGGCACAAAUGUUUAUGGACUUUAAUUCACCGACGGAUUGGGACGUGGCGAUAUGUUAUGAAGCAACUCUGAUUGGCUCAAUACUUAAUAUGAACCCUUGUCCAAGAACUAAUAAAGGGCCAUACGAAUUUUUCAACAGUCCCCUAGAUAUUUCGGGGCAAGAGAUAAAUACAACACUUGUCUUUAUUUGGCAGCGUUUGCGGGAUAUUUGCAGUGAUCUCAACAGUGUGUUAAUGGCAAUUGUUCGUUUAUCAGAGGACCUCAGACACAUGGUGCUUACCUGGUUUGGUAAAUGUUUGCAGGCAAACAGAGCUAAACCAGAUUUGUGGUCGGCUCACGAAGUAGAAGUUUUUAAUUCUGAGUAUUGUUCGGAUGGCUUUUGUCUCAAUCUAUGCCAUGUACUUUUACACAUGUGUCAGCCAUUUUGUGAAGCAAAGAGUCACAGACUCUUGAAAGUUAAACCAUCAUACUGCAGGGCUGCUCCUAAAUCAGAUGAUGAAAGAAAAACUAUGUGGGUUCAUGCAAGAGGACUGGAUAAAGAACCUACAUUUGUGCCUUAUAGUGAAGAUAAAGAGUUACCCAAAGAAGAGACCUACUCCUUCAUUGCCGAGUGUUUCUUUUUAACACACCAAGCAUUACAUAUAGGAUACAACAUCAUUUUUAAGAUGUUGAAAUUAAAUUCUGGUAUAGCAAGAAUGCGAAAACUUUAUGAAGCAAUCAAAAAUGUUUACCCGAAACGUGUGAUUGAGUUGGUGAAACAACAACUUAAUAGAGAAAUUUGUUGGUACCUGAAUAUCAAAGCAGCUAUUACAGAGUACCAUCUUACCAAAAUGUGCCUUAACUUUCACAUCGCCACAGCAUCAUGGCUGGUCCAAGUUGCCACGUGCGAUAACGUCACAGAGUUCAAGCCGGUGACACUUCCGUUAGAUAACAAUGUGCCAAAAUCGUUGUCAUACCUACCACACUAUAUACUGACAAAUCUGACCCAGUUUGUCACUCCGCUGGAUAUAUUCCAGAGUCUGGAACUGUUAACAUCUAACGUGGAGUCAUUAGAACAUUACAUCACGGUGAUUCUGGUGUUUAUGGGACGUGCAGAUAGAUUGGUUAGUUCAGAUGUUCGGGCCCAGUUAGCUGAAGCCCUAGAAAUCAUCGUACCUUCAAUUAAAGACGACGGUACGUGGACAGAAUCUGCCAGUGGCAACCCAGAGAAACUGUUUAGGGAACACCCGCUUAUUGAACACCUUGGUGAAACAUUAUUGUCGGUGUUUGUCAGUAUUGAGAUGACAGGUCAAAAUGUAGACGACGAGAAAAAGUUCAACUAUCGUAAAUCUAUGCACAAGAUAUUGCAAUAUAUCUGGAAAAUACCUCUACACAAGAAUGCCAUUAAGCAACUGUCAGAGAACGCAAUGUCCACCAUUGACAACCCAGAACCUCCGUUGUUUUUACGCUUCAUAAACUUACUGAUCAAUGAUGCAAUAUUUCUGUUGGACGAGGCACUUGAUCAUAUGAAGCGAAUUCGUACAGAAGAACUAGAGAGGGACAGUGGUAAAUGGACCAAGUUAACAGCAGAGCAAUUCCGUGACAAGGAAACUGGCCUUAGACAACUUGGUAUGAUGGGACACUACAGGAACAUUAUGGCAAAUCAUACGAUAUAUACGUUAGAAAUUCUCACCAGAGAAAUUAGAGGCAUUUUUUGUCAUCCAGUGAUGGUCGAUAGAAUUGCCGGCAUGUUAAAUUACUUUAUGGAACAUCUUGUCGGUCCAAAGCAACGUGAUUACAAGGUGAAGGACAGAAAAGAGUACGAGUUUAAACCGGAGCAGAUUGUGUCUGAUAUUGCUCACAUCUACGUGUAUCUUGGUCGUGAUGAAAACUUCUGCAAAGCUGUGCUAGGCGAAUCAAGAUCGUUCUCACACAAUCUCUUACCGCAAGCAGUAUCUGUUCUCUCUAAAAUAGGUGUUUCACAGGACUUUAUUGCCAAGUUUGAAGAUUUAUCAGUCAAACUGAAGUCGCUGGAAGUGGACCAAAAACGUGAAGAAGAGAUGGUAACUGAUGCACCUGAGGAGUAUCUGGAUCCGAUCAUGGGGACAUUGAUGCUUGAUCCAGUUCGACUCCCAACUUCUAGCACAAACAUAGACAGGGCCAUUCUCGCUAGGCAUCUUCUAAGUGACCAGAGAGACCCGUUUACAAACCUACCACUGUCUAUGGAAAUGGUAACACCCAAUACAGAAUUACGGGAGAAAAUAGAAGAAUGGAAGCGUUCCAAACUUCAGGGAGAAAAAUCUUCAUCAGAUUCCUGAUCAAUUUUACAUUAAUAAAUCUAGAAGGGAUAUCAAAGUGUACAUGAAUAAUCUCGAUGGCAAUUUAAAAUUUAUUUACAAACGCGCCGAAUUUGUAUGUAUCAAAAUGCAUCGUUUGUGAAGUAAAAUAACAAACAGGUGAAACUGUAUGGUUAAAUUAGUGACAAAAGUACUAGUUAAAUCGCAUGCAUAAUUGAAUAUGAAACAACCCCACACCCAAACCCUACCCACCACCAAGUAGAAUUGCAUGAAUAAUUGUAUUAUUUGUCUACCAGUGACAAAAUUAAUCAGUAAAAUUGCAUGUAUGUUACUGAAUAAGUGAGAAAUAAAGAAUUCAUUGUGCAUUUACAUGUAGUAAGAAAAGAAGCCGUUAAAAGUAAUUGAAGAAAUCAGUGCUGGUCAUUGAUAAAUUUUAUGAAAAUUGUAACCUACAAAUAUCUUAUCUAUUCUUAUACAACAGAAAGGUGUGCCAUUUGAAACUGUGAUAAAAUACCCAUUUAAUAUUUAUAUUUUAUUUUAAUUAAUAAACUUGCAAACAUUUUA